UGAGACCCCCUCAACUUCCGCCACUGCAAACAGCUCCACGCCACUGGCUGCUCUCCGCUCUCCGCCCCUGCCAUGUCUGGGAUGUCGUCGCGUCUGCUGCGGUUCGGCGGUCGCGCCGCUCCGCGCGCCGCGCCGCGUCUGGCGCGCGGCGCUGCCGCGGGGACUCGGCCCGGGGAGCGGAGCGGCGCGACGGGAGCGCGGGGAGCCGCGGGCGUCCGGAGCGAGGAGCACGCGCAGCUGAGGAGCGCGCUGCGCAAGUUGAUUGAAAAGGAGAUUAAUCCUCACGUGGACAAGUGGGAGGCUGAGAAAAAAUUUCCAGCGCGACAGAUUUUCAAAAUUCUGGGGGAUGCUGGCUUCCUUGGCGUAAAUAAGCCCACAGAGUAUGGAGGGCUUGGACUUGACUUCUCCUACAGCAUCGCGGUGGCUGAGGAACUGGGCAGCAUCCGCUGUGGUGGAGUUCCCAUGGCGAUCGGAGUACAAACGGACAUGGCUACACCAGCGCUCGCAAGGUUUGGUAGCGAUGAGCUACGAAGAGAGUUUUUAGCGCCAACUAUUGCUGGUGACAUGGUGGCAUGUGUUGGUGUGAGUGAGGUUACUGGAGGAUCAGACGUUGCAACAUUGCGCCUCGUGGCUGCCUUAUCAGGCACUGUGCAGCGUGUGGUCUUCGCACUGCUAGGCCGUGCAAUGCAGCUGCACAUUUGCCUCGCAGAUCUCGACGUGCAGGGCCACGAUGUGACCAAACUGGCGUCCAUGGCCAAGCUGAAGGCUGGUCGCCUGGUGCGUGAGCUCACUGACGCGUGCCUGCAGUUCUGGGGCGGCAUGGGCUUCACCAAUGAGGUUUACGUGAGCCGUCUCUUCAGGGAUGGCAGAUUAAUUUCUAUUGCUGGUGGUGCAGAUGAAGUUAUGCUCUCCAUCAUCUGUAAGCACAUGGGAACCCUACCAGGCAAAUAGGAAAACAGCAAUCAAGACCUCACAUGGGCUCCAUCGCAAAAAUACUGAUGAAAAUGUAUUGUACCCAUAACCAAAUAUAAGCAAACAUCUUGACCAGUUUUGUUUUAAGCCCAGGAAACCCUGUAAUGACAGCCUUUCCCUGGGUGGUAUGUGACUCAACACCAGCCUGAAAGUGGCCAUUUGUUUACUAGUAAGGGAAGAUGAUUGCAUAUAUAAUCCCAUUUGAGCUGCUAUGCUGUGUAAUCCGUUCUUAAGCAUGGGAAGUCUAAAAAAAUUUAUCAGGAGGUUCCUUCGAAGUUUUCAAAUGACUACAAAAUUUGCAUUCGAGUCAUUUGCGGUCUCAUAUAUUAAAAAAAUUUGGACUGACAUGAGCAUACAAUGGUGUAAUCUUUUUCCGAUGACGUUGCGAGAUCUUUAACGUCCACUGCAGGGAAAACUGUGUGCAGUUUUAAUAGGUAAUACACACCUCGGUGUUAACCAGGGUGGCCUACCGGUUUCAAACCGAGGACCUCUGCAACAAGCGAAUGUGCUGCCGCUUGGCCACGUCAUCGUGAAUUGACUAAGACUACAGCAGUGUUCAGUCCUGCAUAGUGAGUUGUGCCUGGCUCUUCUAAGUUCAUUGAUGCAGCUGCCUCUACAGCAUUACUUUCUGCAAAAGAGUAAUUAACUCUCUUCGUGGUCUCAUGGCAGUGAAGCUGUUGAUAUAAUGUUGAUGCGUAAUGACCUAUAAAUGACACUCAUUAUGUCACAGAUGAAAGUGUUGGUAAUAUUUUCAUAUUGGCAAGCUGUUUUUAAUAAACCAUUCAUGAUGUUG